AUGCAGCAUCUUAUUCUCACUCUAUCGCUCGUCGGAUUGAGCAGCGCCGCUGAUAUGGACAUCGAAAAACGAGGUGGUCAUGAAAAGAGCGCCAUGGACCUAUGGUACGAAGCCGUGAACGAUGAUCUCGCUCGCUACACCAUUCUCGCCCUCGGCUGUGCGGCUGCCGCGAUGUAUGUUUGGUCUCUUGCUUUUCGAUUCUCCGGCCACUUGCGACGACUGUCAAGCUUUACCGAUGACAAGCAGCGGUACUUUGUGCCUGCACACAACACCUUCAGCUGGUUCAAAGAGCAUCUGAUUUAUGCUCCCCUGUUUGGUGUCCGCCACAAUCGCGAGUUCCAGAUCUCCACUGCCAUCAACAUGGGAAACCUCCCCAGUCGCUUCCACGGUAUCCUCGUCUUCGGAGUUGUUGCCAUGAAUGUCAUUCUCUGUGUGGUGACUACUCCCUACGCAUCUGAAGAAGACACCCUAGCGGACAUCGUUCGAAACCGGACUGGAACCAUGGCUACGGUCAACUUGAUUCCGCUUGUUCUCAUGGCUGGCCGGAACAACCCCUGA